AACAACUCUCUUAAUCUUAAUUAAUUAGUAAUCCAUCCAUUCCAAGCAGUGAAAGCAAUGGAGAAGAGUGAGGCCGCUACCAUCGAAAUGGGCAACACGAGCCGGGAAAGCAAAGGGAAAGCGCCUCUCCUUGCAGCUGCCGUCCACCACAACAAGGCGGCAGGUGGAUACAAGAGGGGUGCUGCUGUGUUCGACCUCAUCCUCCGGGUCUGCGCAGUGGCGGCAGCUAUGGCGGCCACCAUCACCAUGGCGACCACCGAGGAGACGCUUCCCUUCUUCACACAGUUCUUCCAGUUCCGAGCCAGCUACGACGAUCUCCCUACUUUCACAUUCUUCGUUAUAGGCAUGGCAGUGGUGACGGGCUACCUCAUUCUUUCCGUGCCUUUCUCCAUCGUGUGCAUUGCUCGCCCCGCUGUUAUCGGGGCGCGUCUCCUACUCAUUAUCUGCGACACAUUGGCAGUUACGCUGGCUACGUCAGCAGGGGGUGCGUCGGCCGCGAUAGUGUACCUGGCCCACAACGGCAACUCGGACGCCAAUUGGCUCGCUAUUUGCCAGCAGUUCAAUGACUUCUGCCAGAGGGUGAGCGGCGCCGUCGUCGCCUCCUUCAUCACGGUGGUGCUGAUCAUUUUCCUCGUCGUCAUCUCCGCCGUCGCUCUCAGGAAGCAUUAAUCAUAUGAUAUCUCACCAACAUUUCGGAUUUGCUUGUUACAUGUAUAUGGAGCUUUCUCUUGUUAAUUUCCUUUUAUUUUUAUUUUGUUUCUCACCUAGUUAAUUUGGUGUCUCAUUGUUCUUACGCAAAUAUUGUAAUUGUGACUCAAUCAAAUUAUACCACAUUUGUUUGCAUAAUAUUCA